AUGAUGCUAUAUCUGCAAGAGUCGGGACUCGACUCCCGAGGUCUCCCUACCACCAACCGUGACGCCGGUGUGAUAAUACGCCCGCAGGUAAUUCACAUGUACUCCUUCGAAAAGCGAACCCUGAUCCAUUACCAGAUCGCCUCCAUCCUACGGGAUAUCUGGAAUCUACGAUUCUUCAGAAAUAAGAUCAACCGAAUCCCGUCCACACUUGCCACAGUCACAGAGGCUGAUUUGAUGGACCUGGAGGUCCGCAUCUCUUACCAAGCACAGGCGGAAAACUUUGUGCGUGCCCGCACGGAGCAGGCAUGGAGCAAGAGAUCCACACACGCAUUGUCAUGCUGA